AUGACAUCCAAGACAGCGCCUGGAACGUCGGUCAUCUCAUUUGCUAAAGAAGGCACCGCGGUACACAAGUGCCGCGUUUGUUUCAAGCCUUUCAAAAGGCGAGAACAUCGAAAUCGCCAUGAGCGCAGCCGUCAGUCUUUCAUUCGCCUAAAAGCGCAGACACCCACGAGAAGCCCCACAUAUGCCGAUUUUGUGGCCAUACUCAUUUCCACUAGCGACCUCGUGACACGUCAUGAGAAAACUCUCCAUGCGGACCAAUGGCAGCCGGUCCGCCGUGAUCUCACGCAAAGUUCAGCCUCCGAAGGCAGAGACGAACAUGGCUUGAUGGGCAAUUCGUUUGCCGCCACCAAUGAAGAAACACGGACCGAUGUUGCAAUCACCAACACCCCGGACAACUCGGCGUCAAUAUCGGGGAUUGGGACGACCACCGCGCAUGCCAUAGCAACACCGAUUGACUUCGGCUCCUUCGACAUACACGAUGUCAAUUUUGAUACUUACAAUGAUUUAUCCCCUAGUUUCUUCGACCCUUUCCUCGGCGAUGUUUUUGAUUCCUUUGCACUCCCAACUCUCGAUGACCCCAGGAUAGGGAUGAACGCAGAGAAUGCGUAUCUCGAGCCUUCACUUGCUUUGGGAGAGACUCCCGUGCCCCCAGAAACGCCGAAAAAGGAACAUUGCUUGCCGCGAAUAGCAAGAACAAGAGCCACGGCGAAACCAAGCAUGAUCUUUACCGAGGAAAUGAGGGCACACUGCGUCAAUGAUCUGAGAUCACAUCUUACACCUGAGCGACUCGGAGACUUCCAAAUGCCUGACACAGCCUGUUUGCAAAAGUGUCUGAACUCUUAUAUCGAAUCAUUCCAUGUUCACUUCCCUUUUCUACAUCUUCCAACACUCAGCCUCGAGACGGCUCCAAGCCCCCUGACACUGAGUAUAUGUGCAAUAGGUGCACUUCACCGACUUGACAGGAAGCUCGCUGCGUCGCUCUAUCUAACGGCCGAGUCAAUUCUGUCCAUCGUGGAGUUUGAUAUUCUACGCAACUGCUCGGCAUUGCUGCAGGACUGGGCAAAGCCCCGAGAUAUGCCAAUUUCGGCAUCCGCGCCACUUCCACUGGCUCAAGCCCGCUUGCUACUUGUAUUCUUUGCUUCUUUCAGUGGAGAGCCGCAGCUGAUACGACAGGCUUUGGUUGGUUGCGGGUUCCUCUCCGCCGAAUUCCGGUCAAGAAUGUCAAGAAUGAGGCCUGUUUCCGCAGCCACAGAACUAUCGGACUGGCGCACCUGGGUUGAACACGAGUCAACAAAGCGGUAG